AUGAUGUUGACGUACCCAAAAUGCACUUCGCCACCAGAUAAAUUGCAAAUAUGGCCUGAAAUUAGAUACUCCGUUGAGUCUGACAACCUUUGGCUGGAGCUGUGGGAGUUUCUCGGGAUAAUAUCCUCUGUACCACCGCAAGAGACAAAAAUAUUGGAGAAAGGCGUCCUACAUGAAGUACCUCUAUGUUUUCCUGGAGCGAGACUUAACUACGCGGAAAACUUGCUCAAUAGGACAGACGACGCAAUAGCAAUAACUGGAGAAUCAGGAGUCAUCACCAACUGCACCUUCUGGGGGUUACGCGAAAUGGUACGGGUCAUGGCCGCGGCGUUGAAGGUACACGGAUUGAAAGUGGGUGAUCGGGUCGCAGCAAUCAUAAGCAACUCUCUACACUGCGUCAUCAUUGCUUUGGUGACAGCAAGCAUAGGAGGUAUAUUUUCAAGUACUGCGACGGACAUGGGAACUUCUGGCAUCCUUGAGAGGUAUCGCCAAAUCACACUCAAGUUCGUUUUCGCUGAAAUAGAGGUGUUAUACGGGGGAAAACCUGUGGCUCUCCUUCCUAAAGUCACAGAGGUGAUAAAGAACCUCUUUUACAAAGGUCUACAGCAAGCCAUUUGGCUAUCGAGUCGUAUGAUGGGGUAUGAAAUAAAUCUUGAGAAUGCCACGAGCAUUACAGAAUCUGCAGAUAAUCGCAAACUUGAAUUUGAGCAACUUCCUUUUAGUCGGCCUCUCUUUAUCUUAUACAGCUCUGGGAUGUCUGGAAAAUCCAAGAGCAUCGUUCAUUCCGCAGGACUCGGUGCUUCUCCAGAGGACACUUACUUCCAGUACACAACCACGCGUCCGAAAGCAGCGGCCACCAUAGCCCUUGACCGAACGCCUCCUUAG